AUGGAUAUGCAGGUAAACUUACCAAUGCAAGCAGCAGGCCCCGGCCAACGGCGGGAAGGAGGGCACCACCUGCGAAAGAUACCCGAUUCGGUGUGGGCCGCUUACGAUGCCGAGAUUAUCAGGCUGUACUUAACAGAGAACACGCCGCUGAAGGAGCUACAGACCUAUUUCCGGGAAACAUACGGGUUCCACGCAACUACGAAGCAGUGGAAAGACCGAUUGAGCAGAGAAAGCAUUAGACGAAACCUCAGCCGACCAGCGGUGGCCGUCAUCCAGUGCUUGCUGGAUGAGGCUGAACAGCGCCAGAUCGAACGCCAAGUCUUUUACAACGGCAAGCCCAAAACUCGCAAAGACGUCCAGAGGUACAUCUGUAAGACCACAGGUAUAUCAACACCUGCCGAAUUGCGCCAAAGCCUUCCGCCGAACCGCGCUGAUUGGCCUAAAAGCGUGGAUUGGCAGGAUUUGCCACAUUCUCAGCCCCCGAGUACCAAUAUUUUCGCGCCGGAUCAGCGCGGUGGGCCUGGUGGCUUCUUCUCAGAAAACCUAUCGGGGAAUGCUCAGCCAUCGAGACCGCCAGCAGUAUCCCAGGCCACAUACCUUGCAAGUUCGGUCGCAUCACACAUAUCUUUGGGCCCAUUCGCAUCGUCAGACUUCAACACCACCUUCGAGCCGACAGAUUUUACUUACUCCUCUAUGCAGAUCAAAGGAUCCGCGGAUGACGCUAGCGGCUGGAGCGGACGAUAUGAUGAGUCCAAUAGUAUCAGGAAUCUACACACUGAAGCUUCGACGCAAGCGCUCGCGACGCCUGUGCUUGCUGAACAAGAAGAUCAAGACAGUCAGGGCUUCACGGCUGUGUUAAAUUUACGUGGUGGCGCUUUCGAUCAGUUGUACGGCGACAUGGACAGCCCUGGACCUGCCGCAGCCGAAAGCUCAACGCGAAGUCCGCUCUCUGUGUUGCACGGACUCGUGUCGGCGACACCCAUCGCACUGUCCGCGAGUAUAACCUUGGCACAUGCUUUGCAUCAGGUCCUUGGCCGACAUGGGGGUCUUGAGAGCUCAUCUGCAGAGACUUUUAUAAGAUCGUGCUUUGAGGCCUGCGUUCACUAUGGCCAAGGUGCCGUCAAGGAUGCUGAACAUGCUCUGGACUGUGGCGUUGUUGCCUUUCAGACACUCAUGGAUGGACCUCCCCCCGGGUCUUUCACGAAAAGCAUCUCGACACUGAACAGGGUGUCGUUCCUGCUCGAAGUCUACGGCCAUCGACCAUUGAAAGCCACCGUCUUUCAACAUCUCGAGCUGCGCCUCAUCGGCUCAAGCAAGCCACAGUGGACCGCCCUACAGAAGACUCUAGGAUUUCUCUUUGACACUACGUCUUGGGACCAGGCGAAGGCCAGAGACAAUGUUGCCAAGCUAUCUGAAGCUUGUGACAUGGCUCGACUUGCGGCUGGUAACAAGUAUUCGCCAUUCGCACUCGCGGCUCGGUAUAACCUUGCCUGGACCCUUCUCGAGGCUGGGCAGCAUGAAAGAGCCCUGGAAAUGCUGAACAGCGAGAAGUCUAAGUGCGAAGAAUGCUUCGGGCCCUAUGCGCUCGAUACAAUCACCUGGACAGCGACCUUAGCAAGGGCUCAUGCUGCAUUUGGAGAGCUGGAGACUGCUGUUCUCUUAAUGGAGGAGGUUGUUUUAGUGCGCACAGAGAAAGCUUACAGCAAGGAGCAUCCACUGUACUGGGAGGUGCGCUACCGAGUUGGUUUGUUUCUUCUUCACAUUGCCGAGGAAGGUAAAAGACAACGACAAACACCUGAGACUUGGGCAAUAGGCGAAGAACUUGUGAAAGAGGCGCUCCUCUGGCGUGGUGUUCAUCUCGGAACAGGCAAUCCGCAAUUUACGAAUGCAUUUCAAUUGCUCAAGCGCUAUCUGAGAGUACAGCGCAAGCAGCACGAAGCGAGCGAUAUCUGGACCUGGUACGCCGACGCCAUCAAGGAACUGCAACCCACUUAA